UACCUCACAGUGAGAAAGUGUCGUCGUGGGAGCGGUUUGCUCUUCCAAAUCAGACUCCUUCUAUCCCUCCGUGCUGGAGGAGCGAGGAGGAACCUCUCCUCUGUUUUUCCUCUCUGCGGAUACACGGAUAAUACCACACCACGGCUGGGAAGAUGGUUUUUCUGCUGCAUAUGGUUACCCUUUAUACUCUGAGCGUCUUUAGCGGAGCAUCCGCCGCCACUCACUAUAGUUGCAAUGGUCCUCUGCUAUCCACAUUACCCCAUUCAUCUUUUCAGAGCUCCUCUCAGUCCUCAGUCAGUUAUGCUGCUCACAACGCCAAGCUCAACAGAAGAGAUGGAGCAGGAGGCUGGUCUCCCAUGGUGACCGACCAAGACCCCUGGCUCCAGGUGGACCUCAGGGAGCAGAUGGAGGUGACGGCUGUGGCUACACAAGGACGGUAUGACAGCUGGGACUGGGUCAGCAGUUACCUGCUGCUCUACAGUGACACAGGCCAUGCCUGGAAACAGUACAGGCAUGAGGACAGUGUAGGGAGAUUUGUCGGGAAUGUGAAUUCAGAGACUGUUGUCCAGAACAAGCUGUCCCACCCAGUGAGAACGCGAUUCCUGCGUUUCGUCCCUCUUGGCUGGAACCCCAGUGGCUGGAUGGGCCUCAGAGUGGAGGUGUACGGCUGCUCCUACAAGUCAUAUGUGGCAGACUUUGACGGCAGAAGCUCAUUGCUGUAUCGGUUCAACCAGAAGUCCAUGUCAACAGUGAAGGACGUGAUCUCUCUGCGGUUCAAAAGCCAUCAGGCCGAGGGUGUUUUACUGCAUGGAGAGGGGCAGAGAGGAGAUUACAUCACCCUGGAGCUUCACAGGGGACGAUUGGACCUCUACCUCAACUUGGACGACAGCAGGCUGAGGUUCAGCAGCGGUCGCGUUGCCGUCACUGUGGGCAGUCUGCUGGAUGACCAGCACUGGCACUCUGUUCAUAUAGAGCGCUUCAACAAGCAGGUUAACCUCACAGUGGACUCCCACACACAGCACUUCCAGACCAAAGGAGAAGGACACUCACUGGAGGUGGACUAUGAGCUGAGUUUUGGAGGCAUCCCACUGCCUGGUAAACCUGGCACCUUUUUGAGGAAGAACUUCCACGGUUGCAUGGAAAACCUCUACUACAACGGAAUCAAUAUCAUAGACCUGGCAAAGAGACGCAAGCCACAGAUACACAGCGUGGGCAAUGUGACCUUCUCAUGUUCCCAGCCCCAGCUGGUGGCCUGCACCUUUCUGAGCUCCAGCAGCAGCUUCCUGACACUUCCAUCAGCAGCAUCUGCCACAGGGGGUUUCUCUGUUCGCUUCCAGUUCAGGACGUGGAAUCUGGACGGGCUGCUGCUCGCUGUGCAGCUGAACCCGGAGACCCAGAGACUGGAGCUGCAGAUCAGCAACAGCCGGCUGCACCUGACCCUCCACAGCUCAGGACGACCGAAAUCAGAGGUCUCUGCUGAUGGUGGUAACACGCCAAGAUAUGCUGCAAUGUGCCAGCAAAGGCAGGGAAGAAGAAGACCGCAAGCAAGUCACAGAGUCAACGAUGGUCUGUGGCACUCUGUGAGUCUCAACACGAGGAAUCUACAGAUCACUUUGACUGUGGAUGGUGAGUCAUCCUCCGCAAUUGAGCUGUGGGAACAACUGGAAUCAAGAGGCAACUUUUACUUUGGAGGCUGUCCCACCAUGGACUGUCAGCACCUGACUCCGGCCUUCCAGGGGUGUAUGCGGCUCAUUUUCAUCAACAGCCAGCCAAUGAAUCUCAGUCAUGUACAGCAAGGAUUGCUGGGAAAUUCUAAUGAGCUUCAGUUUGACACCUGUAAUAUAAGAGACAGAUGCCUUCCUAACUUGUGUGAGCAUGGAGGCCGCUGCUCUCAGACAUGGAGCUCCUUCUCCUGCGACUGUUCAGGAACAGGAUACUCUGGAGCAACCUGUCACAACUCCAUCUACGAGUCGUCUUGCGAGGCCUACAAGCUGAUUGGCAGCUCCUCGGGCUUCUACUCCAUUGAUCCAGAUGGGAGUGGUCCCCUGGGGCCCACACAGGUAUACUGCAACAUGACAGAGGAGAAGGUGUGGACGGUGUUGACGCACAACAGCACAGCUCCAGUUACAGUCCAGGGCUCCUCUUUUCGCAAACCUCACAUCCUGAAGUUCAACUACAGCACGUCACCUGAACAACUUCGUGCCAUCGUAUCAGGGUCAGAGCAGUGCCAACAGGAAGUGGUUUACAACUGCAAGAAGUCCCGUCUCUUUAAUACAAAAGAUGGCAGUCCGCUCUCCUGGUGGCUGGACCGGGAAGGAGAGAGACGAAGCUACUGGGGAGGCUUCCUGUCUGGAGUUCAGCAGUGUUCCUGCAGCUUGGAGGGGAACUGCAUCGACAUGAACUACUUCUGCAACUGUGAUGCUGAUACAGACGCAUGGGCUAAUGACACAGGAAUCCUCUCCUAUAAAGACCACCUACCAGUGAGCCAGAUAGUGAUUGGAGACACCAACAGAACGGGCUCGCAGGCCGUCUACCACAUCGGCCCUCUGCGUUGUUAUGGAGACAAGUCUAUAUGGAAUGCAGCGUCUUUCUACCAGGAGUCCUCCUACCUCUACUUCCCCACCCUGCAGGGCGAGCUCGCCUCUGAUAUCGCCUUCUACUUCAAGACUAGCACUCCUUCAGGAGUGUUUCUGGAGAACCUGGGCCUCAAGGACUUCAUCAGAAUGGAGCUCAGCUCUCCCUCAGUGGUGACUUUCUCUUUUGAUGUGGGAAACGGUCCGGUGGUCCUGUCCGUGAAGUCCCACCUCCCUCUGAAUGACAGACAGUGGCACUACGUGAGGGCAGAGCGCAAUGUGAAGGAGGCAUCCCUGCAGGUCGACCAGCUUCCCCUCCGCUUCCUGGAGGCUCCAGCUGACGGACACCCCCGCUUACGGCUCAGCAGCCAGCUGUUUGUAGGAGGAACAGCGACCCAGCAGAGGGGCUUCCUGGGCUGCAUCAGGACUUUGACCAUCAACGGCGUGAGCUUCGAUCUGGAGGAGAGGGCCAAGAUGACGCCGGGGGUGAGCUCUGGUUGUCCCGGCUACUGCAGCGGCUCCAGCAGCCUCUGCCACAACAGAGGGAGGUGUAUCGAGAAGAGCAAUGGCUACGUGUGCGACUGCUCCCAGUCCGCAUAUGGGGGAACCACCUGUAACCAAGAAGUGUCAGUGUCCUUUGACAUGGAGUCCUCAGUGACCUACACCUUCCAGGAGCCCUUCUCAGUGAUGCAGAACAGAAGCUCGCAGGCCUCCAGUGUUUCCACAGAAAGCAGCAGCAGGGCCAGAGAGGACGUGGCCUUCAGCUUCGUCACCUCCCAGAGGCCCACCAUGCUGCUGACUGUCAGCACCUUCAACCAGCAGUACAUCACUGUCAUCCUGGCCAAGAACGGGAGUCUGCAGAUCUGGUAUCACCUUCAGAGAGACAGGAGUCCAGAUGUAUUCAGCCCCACCCUCAGUAACCUGGCAGAUGGACGACUCCAUCGAAUCAGAAUCCACCGAGUGGGAAAAAACCUCUAUGUACAGAUCGACCAGGACAUCCACACAAAGUACACACUGUCAUCUGAUGCAGAGCUGAUCUUAAUCAGAUCCUUGACAUUGGGCAAAGUCACCAGGAUGGAGAACUUCAAUGAGGAAGUAAUGCAAGCAGCUUCUAAAGGUUUCAUUGGCUGCCUCUCCUCGGUCCAGUUCAAUCACGUGGCGCCGCUAAAGGCAGCACUGACGAAUCGAGGAAGUUCAUUAGUCACCAUCCGUGGUCCAUUGGUCCAGUCAAAUUGUGGAGCACUGGCAGAGUCCACCUCGCACACACUGCAAGAUCAAACUGUAACAGCAAAUAAAGAUAAGGAGCAGCAUGGCAUCGGCACCCAGAAGGAUUUGGCUGUAAUAGCAGGUGUGGUCACAGCGGUGGUCUUCAUCGCAGUGUGUGCUCUGGCUGUGAUAAGCCGCCUCCUCUACCAGCAGCGGCGGGCCCAGAGGAGCAGCAGCAUCAAAGAGGAGAACAGACACAGCAUGUACACAGACUACAGGACAGAGCUGCACCUCCACAACUCAGUCAGGGACAACAUGAAGGAAUACUACAUCUGACCACAGUGUGCAAUCUGUGGACCUAAGCCACAAACUUACCUCUCUCUUAUAAAGGACUAACAGGUGGAUGUGCUGCUGCAGGAUUUCUUACAACAAAACAUCUCUGUGCCCUGGAAGUCUCUCAGGAACACUGCAAAAGCCUGUAGCCUGUACUCCACUCCUAUAAUGCUCCAGUACAAGCAAGUGGCUGAAUCUUUACAGCUGUUAGUGUAUUUGAUGUUGGUGAAACUGUCAGAAUCAAGCUCCUGUGGUUUCUGUCAUUGCAAAAUGUGUAAAGCAAAAGAUGAAUGUUCUGCAGGGGUGGACAGAGGAACACCAUGAGUGCAGUGAGCGUAAAGCGGCUGUCCAUCCUGAAUGCGCACAACUUAAAACAUUUUGUUGGAAACCCUCAUAUGCUGAAUAUUUCCAAAUUUCAGUGGAACUCACUAAAUUGUACUUGCAAGGCAGGAAAUGUAAGCCAGGCCUGUCAGAUCUGCGUGCAUUUGCUGCUGUCUUUGUUUUUUCCAGUGGUGGUGAAUGUUGUAGAAGAAGAAAAGGGGACAAUACUGCCUAUACUGUAUGAGUGCCUAAUUUGCAUACAAGUUUUUAUUUUAACAUUUCAGAAGUUAUUCAUGUGAGUUGCACAAAAGCAGUCACAUUCACACAGAGAUGAGCUUAUUGUCAUUCACUUCUGCACCCCGCACUACAAAGAAUAAAAAGGAAAUUUGAAUUUCCCAGUCAUGCACAACAUCUGCCAGUUGACCAUUAGUAAUGGGUGACUCUCAGUCAUGUUUCACUGAGUUGUUUUCCACUGCACCAUUUGAAUGGAAAUUGACAAACCUAAAAAGUCCAUUAAAUCCAGGAAGUUGUAAUCUUUUGUUAACUGGAUACAUACCAGGUCUGUAACUCUCAACAAUUGUGUUUCAGGUGUUUCAGGGUUUCAAGUUUUGUCCCUAAGAAAGCAUUGUACACCAUUCAGGCCACAUAUAUUUAGUUGUAGGAAAUAUUUAAAUGAUAACUUAUGAAAUCAUGGAUUUUUUAUAUUUAUUUGUGUAAAUUUUACUUGUGUAUUACAUAAAAUCCAAAAACACUUGUGUAUAUUGUAUCAUCAGAGUAGCAGAAAUAAGAAAUUAAUGGAGAGGAUUACUGUAUUUAAAUAAAUACAGUCAUUUACACAAACACGUACAGGAAGGGGUGUAACUAUCAACCAAAUUGCAGUCGAGAAUCUCGCCAAACUUUGCAUAUAGCCAGUAAUAGCAUCUACAGGCUGAAAACCACUGCGUAUAGUGAUACUUCUGGUAUAAAAUCUGGUAAACCACAAAGCUCCCAAGUGGUAUCUUUGGUGUUCUUUGGCAGAUGGGCAUCAAUUUGAUACAGCAAGUGUUGAGUCCAGCAAGUACUUACGGAAGCUGGUUUAACAAGCAUGCAAGUCGAGUCAAGUUUGCUGUAGGAUGAAACAAUGACAGCAGAAAGUUUAUUGGGGCUUGUACAGCUACUUUAAGUUCCGGUGUAAAAUGUGUCAGUCACAACAUACUCUACUACACUUCUGUCACAGUACUUGAGUGAGUUUGUACCACUGUUUAAGGUUGUAAUGCUUUUAUCUCAGUUGCUAGCUUGGCAAGAGAAGGUGGGCCGUGUUAAGACUGUGAGGCUGUGAUAUUUCUGGGAAGUAUUACGUACCAGUAUAGACCCGGUGUGUACCAACCUCAACAAGUACUGGUACAAAAGUUUAGUGUGUCCAUUAUUUUUGCAAUGCUAGCCAGCAGUGCUUAGAGCUUUUUGCAACCAAGAAAAGGACCACUAUGUUACCUUGUUUAUUUAUAUAUUAUUUCAAUUACAGGGAUAAGUGGUGUUUUCUAUAUAUUUCAGUCAGAAUACUUUUUAUAUACAUCUUUCACUGGUUGAUCCAAGUAAAAAUCCAUACACACACACAAACCAAGCCAACGUAGUGGUCCUGCGAGCCUGUAAUACACAUAAAAAUGACAGCAAAAAUAAAGCAUGGAUGAAAAAUGGAGAUGACUUUGCUUUUUUUUAGAUCCUUACCACUAGUAGGACAAAAAAUAUAAAGUUUGACCUGAAGAUGGUGCCAGAGGAAAAGCGAUGUUACCUAAAUUUUAAAAAUCAGCUUGUCAGGCUCAGCUCUGCAUUAUCAGAUUUAGCUCAUUAUCCAUUGGCUUCAGCUGCUCUUGCUAAUGCUAAACAUAAGGGUGAAGCCCAAAGAAAAGCUGAAUCUAAUUCCGACAGGAAUGCAGUAGCCUAAUUGUUUUUUUUUUCUUGAGUAUCCUGUCAUGAACUAAAGUGUUGGUCAUUAUAAUUCAUCCUCUUGGGAUCAUGAAUGUCUGUACAACAUUUCAAGGAAAGCAAUCCAACAAUUAUGAAGAUAUUUGAUUCCAAUUUUUGGACUAAUGCACUGAUGGAUGGACAGCUGGAUGGAAAGACUGACAAACAAUAUCACCCUUACUGGAGCCUGACCGCUACCAUGGCUAAAGAUUACGUGACUGAAAGUGACACAGGAGAGUGGCAUGGUCAAAAGAUAGGGUCUUGAUCCUUUGGACCCCAUCUGUGCAUGUCCUUGUUAUCUAAGUAUGUCUCAAGAUGUGAUAGUUUGCAGAUCUCCAGUGUCAGUGAAUGAAAACAUACCUCUCAGAGUGUUUUGGUUUUAUUGCAAUGGGUAAUAUCACGUAGUUACUUCUUCUUAAUGAUUUGUAUAGCUGCAGUUUUAUUAAGGAUCUAUUGUAUAGAUGUAUAAUUUAAUAAUAAAAGUGAAUAUAUUGUUAAUCA